AAACGAAACGGCGGGUGACUUUGUAAGUAAGUAACUUUUACCGUGCCCCAAUGAUCAAGAGUCAUCUCAUCGCUCAGGCGUGUCAGAUAUUUGGAAUUCAGGCAACAAAUUACCUCGUACCAUCCGGGAGGUGAUAGCCUGAUGGAAAGUACAAACAGGAUCACUUGUAGCGUGUUGGGACUAUGCCUGUAGUUUCAACCCCACGGGUUCAAAUGGUUCAAAUGGUUGUGGACGGAAUAGAAGAAGCUUUCGCUUAACAGGCUUCCGUGUCUAGUAGCAGGGGACCACCAAAUCCUCCAGGCAGGAACCUAGGUAUGUUAACAAUAAAAGAGGAAAAGAAAUUGGUAAAUCAUAGUGUGAUGCUGUCCUUGGUCCUUAAGAAUAGGUCAAGUUGCCUCUUGAAGGACUCCUGAGAAGUCGCUUGGACUAGCUCGGCCGGCAGCGAAUUACAGCUUUUGACAACUCUUAAGGAGUAGAAGUUGUGUCUACAUUCCGUCUUGCUAUGUUGUGUUUCCAGUUUCUGGGUGUUACCCCUUAGGUUAUUAUUCGAACUAAGCUUAAGUAGGUGUUUAAGAGGAUGUCCAGAAGUGUUAAGAAUACUAUAAGCAUUAAUAAAUCACCUCUAAGACGCCUAUACUCUAGUGGGUAAAGGUCUAGUGAACGGAGGCGUUCUUCGUAAGGCUUAGAUUUGAGUCCUCGAACUGAUUUCGUGGCUCGCCGUUGGAUACGCUCCAAAGUGACCUUGUCCUUUUGGAGUGAGGGGGGAGUACUAUGUUUCCGUACUCUAAAUGGGGACGGAUGAAACUAUUGAAGAUUGUGUGGAAAGUUCUUCCGUCAAACUGGCCAAAAAUGCGCCUCAACGUUACCACUGCAAGGUUUGCUCGGAAGGCAUUUUUGUCACAGUUAGCGUAAGACUUUAAGUCAUGGGGCACCAAGACUCCUAAAUCUUUUUCGACUUGGGAUACUACUAGAGAGGAGUUUCCUAAGUUGUAACUGUAGUUUGCGACAUGUCGCAGAUGGACUACUUUACACUUUGAAGUGUUAAAGGUAAGUCCGUUAUCGUCUGCCAAACUUUGAAGUCGCGUCAGAUCCUCCUGAAGUGCCUGUAUAUCGUCUUGGUUGCGUAUCUCUCUCCAAAGUUUCACGUCGUCGGCAAAAAGUUAUAAGUCUGACGUUACCUGUUGAGGAAAAUCGUUUAUGUAGAUCAAGAAGAGAAGAGGCCCUAGUACUGAGCCCUGGGGGACCCCACUAGGACAUUCCAUAGCUUGAGAUAAAGUGAAAUUAACCCUAACCUUAAAGUGUCGAUUUUUUAGGUAUGAAGUAAGCCAGUCGAUUAGAGGUGGUUUGAUACCUAGUCGUUUGAGCUUGUUGAUAAGACACAAGUGGUUAACCUUAUCAAAAGCUUUUGAGAAAUCAAGGUAAAUGACAUCAACCUAUCCCUUGCGAUCGAGGAUGCUUGUCCAUCUGUCCACCGCAGUCAGCAGGUUGGUUAUACAAGAGUAACCCUUCCUGAAACCAUUCUGUUGGGGUGAGAAAAAAAUUUAAGGACAGUAGAUAGUCAUUUAAACCGUCGCAUAUCAGGGACUCCAUGAGUUUUGAAGGUAAUGACAGAAGAGCCACCGGCCGAUAACUUGAAGGUUCAUUGCGUCGACCACCUUUGAAAAUUGGUGUGAUGUGAGCCAACUUCCAAUUUUCGGGUAAUUUGCCUCGGCUAAGCGAUUGUGAAAUCAUCACGCUAAGCGGCGUUGCCAGGAUUGAGGCUGCCUCCCUCAGUAUGGCAGGAUGAACCAUAUCCGGGCCAGGAGAAGUGUCAAGUCUUAAGUGCUGCAAUUUCCGGAACACCAAGUCAGCGCUUAGGUCCACUUCAGAAAGUCCUGUGGAAUUGCAGAUGAAACUGUCGUCAAUAAAGUUGAUGUCAGCCGGUUGAAAUGUUUGAGAGUAAUGGGCCGCCAGAAGGUUAGCGGCGUCGCCAUCAAUGUUGGUCGGGCCGUUAAGACCUAGCAGUUGAGAAACUCCUGUUUUGGCUUGACGAAGAGAGGCUGCAUAACGGAAUAGGCUUCUAGGGUUAGAGGCGAAUUUGUCCAUAAGCUUUGUUUGGUACUGAAGCCUGUCUUCUCUUAUAGCCUUCGUGCAUGUGUUCCUGAUAUGUUUGUAUUGCCCAUACGCUCCAUCGUUAUUAGUUCGUUUGUAUUCUGCCCAACAGUGCCUUUUGCGGCUUAGCAGGCGAAGGGUACGGUUCUUGAUUACUGUAGGUGGCUUGCAGCUUUUGGGAACCGUUUGAGGAACUGAAUGGUUUGUAGCACAUAAGAGCGUGGGCAGUAAGAAGUCCCAAUGACCGUCCACAUGGAGCUGGAGGUGAAUAUCUCAAACCGCCUGUUGUAGAUAGUCGUGUAGAGCUGGCACAUUCAGCCGUUUAAAAUUCCAACGCAAAUUAUUGUUGGGAUACCUUAGCUUAGUUUUGAUGACAAAACUGAAGGCUAUGACGGGAUGAUCGCUCUUUCCCAGAGGAGCCAGGAUUGAGAGGUUGUCAACUACGAAUUCUUCAUUUGUGAAUACACAGUCUAAGCGCGAUGGUGUCUGACUGUUUCUCCAACGAGUUGCCGACCUCACAUUUUCAUAUAAUCCCAAACUGGAUCUGCGGAUGAUGUAUGAGACUACUUUGUAAAUAAGCUUUCCCUUUUACAACAAUGGAGUUGUCCGAGUUUUCGAAAUAUAUACAUAGUUGCUGGUACUCCAUGUUCUUUCUCUUCGGACAUUCACUCAUUCCAGUUUGUUUGCUGUUGUUUUUAGACCUCCCUUGCCUUCAAAUAAACGCCGAUAACGCGGUACAGUAAAUUAAAGCACGUUAAUAGAUUUUUACAAUGCUGUCUGCAAGGGAUUUUUAUCGCUUCGAGAAACUAAACAGUCAGGGCAAACUUAAAAGCUCAGAAGAAGGUAUGUCACUGACUGAAAAAUUAAUUAGAUCAUUGGAUACAUUAAAUGGCCCUUGCAGUGUAAAUGGAGUUUCAAAACCCUUAACCUCUGAAACAUUAAAUCGACUAAACGAAAAAAAUAAUACUAGAAAGAAACGAAGGCGAAGCAAGCGUAAAUUCUCGGAAAAAGAUGGGUCUGGUGCAACAGAUGUUGGUUGUUCUAAAACUAAAGAUCUUGAAUUCAGUUUAAACACUGUAGAUGUAACUUCUGAAUCUGAUCAGGAAUUUCAAAAUUUACAUGCAAAGAAACAAAAGUGUGAUCCUAAACAGGGAUUAGGCAGUAAUACGAUUGCUGAAAAAGAUUGUAUACAAUCUCCCAAAAAAGAUCUUUUGAAUGCCUCAUUCCGCCCUGAUACUUUGUCGGUAUCUUCGAAACAGAUUACCAGUAGCCUAAAUCCUUUGAAACAAGGUGAACAGUUACUCAAAGAAAUACUGGAGCCCGUCGCGUUAGAAGAAUUUUUCAGAGUAAAUUAUCAAAAAACCCCAUUACAUAUCAAACGGUCCAGUUCAAAAUGUGGUGAAUGGUUGAAUUAUUCUUUUGUGAAAAAAUUGUUGGACAAGGAAUUUCUCUUUUUUGGACAACAUGUGGAUUUAAUCGAAGACAAAACUCUGAAACAUGAAAUUGUUAACCCAUCUGGCCGAGCAUUUGCUGGAACUGUAUGGGAGCAUUAUUCUCAAGGAAAAGGAUUACGUUUUCACAACCUUCAAACAUUCUCCAGAAGUCUCCGCUUUCGUGUAGGUCUUCUGCAAGAGUAUUUCGGUUGUAAUUUUACCGUCACUGCUUACUUGCUACCGUCGAAAUCGACUGAAUUAUCUUUCAGUCAGUUGGACCACGAUUUGUUUAUUUUGCAGCAAGAAGGUUCACAAAAUUUUCAAAUUACAAGUAAUAAAACAAACUUGAAAGGUCAAAACAAAAGCGUUAUGUUGGUGAAGUUAAAACCGGGAGAUUUACUUUAUAUUCCUAAAGGAUUCGCUUACACUAUGUCACAUACUAACAAAAAUACUAAUAAGCAUACACUACAUAUUUGCAUCAAUUUCAAUCAAAAAUAUAAUUGGGGUGAUUAUCUAUCUGAAUUGUUACCAAUUAUGAUGAAGAAUGCUGUGGAAAAUGAUCCAGAAUUUGAUAAACCACUUCCUCUUAAUUCUUUCAAACAUCUUGGAAUAUUUUUCAAUAAAGAUUCAGCGAAUAAACAUGCAAUUGAAUUUGAAAAAGAAUUUCGUGUACAAACUAUUCAACUGUUAAAACGUUUAAUUAGUAAAAUUGAACAACGUCAAACAUUUCCAAUUCGAAGAAUAAAAACUAUAUCUCAGUCGAUUCAUGAAAAACAUCAAUCUUCUUCUGCUCCUUUCUCAUUGUCAACAAUGACAAUGGAUGCAGUAUCAACUGGGAAAGAAAUUAAUUCCACAAAACAACAACAACAACAACCUAAUCCUUAUGAUAAUUUGUUUAUUCAAUCAAUUGAUCCUUUAUAUUUGGCAAUUGAUAAAAUGAUGUUGAAAAUAAUGAGAGAAAGUUGUGCACUCGAGUUGAGUGAAGAUGAACUAAUACGUUCGAUUUUCAAACACGGAAGUGACAAAUCGAAUCAAUUAACUAUUCAUAGUAAAAUUCGUUUGAUUCGUUCAACAGCGAUUCGAUUAAUGUUGACUUAUUUUGAAAAUAAACAAUCUGAUACUGUCGUUGAUGAUAAUACUCUUAAUAGACAGCAUUCUAUGAUUCCUUCAUUCAUGGUAUAUCAUUCUUUAAAUAAUCAAGGCAAUAAUACUGAUAGUAAUGCAAAUGUAGGAAUUGGUUUUCACAAGAAAUUUCUUAUCGCCCUCACUCAUCUCAUUCGUAAAUAUCCUCUGUUCAUCCCUGUUAGUGGUUUGCCAUUGGAAAAACAUACAGAUUGUUUGAAUGUAGCAAUUACAUUUUACAAAUUAGGAUUUAUUAUUACAGAACAUAAAGUACAUCAAAUUAAUGAUGAUGAUGACGUUGAUGAGAAUAUUACCAUUGAAGAAUCUAAUGUAGAUAAUGUCAAUGUAUCUAAUUCACAUCAUGAUUCUAAAUCUGAGAUAGACAAAAUGCUGAAAAAUCGUUCAUCAUUAGUCAAGAAUAUUAAAGGUGCAAAAAUUAAUUGUGGAUUGAUCGGUUUAGAGAAAGUUAAAAAUGACCAGUGCCCCAUUGAUGAUAAUGACGAAGACAACUUAAUUGAUGAUGAUGAUGACGACGACGAUUGUAUCAUAACUGAAAAUUAAGAAAAAUGAUUUUUUUUUUGGUGUAUAGAAGGAGUUGUACAUUUUUUGAUUGCUGUAUAUUCAAAACAAGAAGUUGAACAACGAGUACAUCUCAUUAAAGAAUAAAUAUUAUACUAUCAUGAUAA